CCUAGCAGAAUCUGCAAUGGGGCGUCAUAUGUAUCACGCUUGAUAUACUGGUAUUUUAGAUCAUCUGGUUCUAUCAAAACAUUUCCCGCCUCAAAGAAUAGGAAGGACUUCAAGGCUGCAGCUCAGACAUCAUGUAUCACUCGGACAGUAUUUUCCCCCAUCAAUCCUGGAACAGCAAUUGAUAUCAUUUGUUCCAAGAGACUCAAAGCUCAGUUGAAACUACCGUCAGCUGAUAAAGAUGAUAAAUAAACCCCAACAAGAAACGAGUAUACCGUCGAACAGACGCCAAGCCAUACACGCGGAGGUGCACGAGCCAUCUCCGACGAUUUUCAGAGACCACCAACAUCUGGAACCCCAUCAUCAAUCCCUCAUCGGAAACAACGCCAGCGACCCCGACGCGCCGAGUCCUUCGAGCCCAACUGUCCUUCACUCGAUAACCCAAUUCGGAGAUUCUGUUAAACUCGCUGGGUUUUGAUUGCGCGGGGAGCAAGGAAUCACCGGGCCUAGAGCUCCACACAGCAGAGCACUCAACGGCCAUCAUGGACGCAUCCAACAAAGUCGCGAAAAAGAUUGUCGCCUUUGGCAACAAACAAGUCUUCCUACCGAAAUUCACAAUCGCCUUAGUCCGCACCCCCCUCCUCUCCCCCUACCACGCACGCUUCAAAGUGCCCCUCAACUUCUCCAAAUACGAUCUCCGCGACUACCUCUACCACGCGUAUUCGGUCAAAACCUUCAACAUCCGCUCGUUUGUCAAAUUGUCACCCGUCCGCGACACGCGCCAUGAGAUGCGCCACUGGUUCCGCGAAGAAAACGAGAAGUACAUGACGGUGGAGAUGGAGACGCCGUUUAAGUGGCCGAAGCCGCCGACAAAUUGGGAGCCCUGGGGUAUGGAGGAGAAGAACGUGGAGGCGAAGAGGAAUUUGGGUAUGUAUGCUACCAUGAAUCCCGAGGUCAGGAGGGAGAACACGGAGAAGUUGAGGGCGCGGGCUAGGUCGCUGUUGGAGGGCAAGGCUUGGAAGGAGGGGAAGGAGAUUGAGAAGCGGACUGGGAAGGGGGUUGAGAAGGUGGUUGAGAAGGAGGAGGGCGCUGUGAAAAAGACGCCGUUGGAGGUUUGGCAGGAGAAGAGAACGCCUACGGCGCUGGGGAAGUGGUUUUGAUGCGGC